AUGCUUCCACCAAUAAAAGUGGUGCGCACACGUUGUUGCGGCAGACCUCGUUCAUUGUUUUGGCAGGAUGGCAGCCCAUCCGAGUAUCAGUUUUCAGAGACCAUUCAAAAUGCUAUGCGUAUCGUGAAAGUGGCCAUUCAGCUGGAUACGGGCAGCAGACACAAGGAGGCAUACUGUGAAUACUUGAGAAGUAUUAACUACAUCUCUCAUGCUCUCCUUGAGAAUGCAGAAAUCAAAGAGGAAGGUGAGAUCGAGUCAGUGGAAGUGGAAAAGAUGGUGAAACUGGCAGAACAAUGUUUAGAAAGAGUCAAAUCAUGCUUAGAUCGAAGGCAUGAUUUCCCAGCGCCGGCUUCCUCCUCCACACCAACUCCUCAAAACAAACAGAGCACCAUACCGGCCAUUAAGGUCACAAAUGAUCCCAAAAUAACAGAAACACCUCACGAGCCAGCGAAGGUUUCUGAGACUGAAAGCAAACCGCAGUCCAACCUUCACCCCACCAGACACCGCAGGGUCCUUUCAGAGGGAGGGCAGACGGCCUCUCCUUUUCUCCCCCCUGAAAUCUUCCAGAAGCUUCAGAUUAUGGAGUCACAAGACAACAAAAAGGGAUUAUCGCCUAUUGAGGAGGCAUCACGCUUAAACCAGAAACUUAAGGCCAAUUAUGAAGCACGACUGGCAAGACUUACUCCUGGACAGGCCAUACAAAAGACCUCAUUGACUCUCUCACUCCAGAGACAGAUGAUGGAGAAUCUGAUUAUUGCCAAAGCUAGACAAGAUGCACUUCAAAGAAAAAUGGAGGAGAGGAGACUACGUCUGCAGGAGGAAGCAAACAGGCGGUUUGCAACCUGUAACACAAUGACACCUGAAGAACAAGAGCAGCGAGUUCUGUACGCGAGAGUGCUUGAAUAUGAGCAAGAUCAUGAAUGGCCCAAAGCUUGGAAAGCUAGAUUGAGAAAGAGCCCGAAUGAUCCAGCACUGGUUUCAGGUCUAAUCUCUUGUCUUCUCAGCUGCCCUGAUCACCCAGUCAUGCAACUGCUGAGGAGACUUCAGUACAGAGUGUAUAACAGACUUUAUCCAAUAGUGAGCCAACGUGUUCCUCUAAGCCCAAUGCCUGCUCGCUCACAAACUUUAAAACCCUCCCGAAGUGCCCAGAGCCUCCUUCUAUCCGACAGUCCGAUGUCCUCACAGCAGCAACAGAGCCCACUUAAAUCUACCCUGACACACAGCUUAUCGGAUGCCUCCUUCUCCUUUUCCCCGUCCCGCGACCACAAUGCCAACGACGCAAAGUCGGAGACAGAUCCGGAUGAGCCCUCGUCUUUGGUUGCUACAGAUAGGGAGAACUCCUUUGAGGAUCUGGAGAAGUUUCUUACUCAGCUGGACUGGGUUCCUUCUCAAUGUAGUGAUGACACAGACUCUGAUGUGAACUUUGACUCGACACACGUGGAAGUAGAAUCUCACAUUCAAGAUCUUGAGGAGCGUGCUUUGAAGGAACAUCUGAAAUCGAUAGUAAAGGAUAUCCACAAUGCCAUUGAUCGCCUGCUGUCUCUCUGUCUUCUGUCAUUUGAAUGUCUCAACACUGCAGCUUCUAAGGAUCAGUGUGUGGCGUCUAUUGAGGAUGUCUUCUUUACGCCCAUUUGGCGCCCCCUGUUGGCACUUUUCAGAUGGGUUCAUCGAGAACGGGAGAUGGCUGUCGAGAGCAAUAUGCGUCUUUACUCUAAUGUUUCACCUGCCGAUAUUGGAGUAGCAUCCAAAUUGUUCCCCCGAGACCCAGCCGUGCUGCAUGGUUCAUACCCAUAUGAGACAGCGGUACAGGAGCUAAAUCUUCUUUGUAGAGACUAUUGUCCUCAGAAGAAGCUGGAUUGUAUAGUUCGCACCCUAAGAAUGAUCUGUGCCUGUGCCGAAGAGUACCGUCUGCUUCAAGAAAAUGACCCAACACCCAAAUCAGCAGCGAUAGGUGCUGAUGACCUGCUACCGAUCCUGGCAUUUGUGGCCUUACGGAGCGAAAUGCCUCAGCUGGUGUCUGAAUGUGCAGCAUUGGAGGAGUUCAUCCAUGAGGGGUAUCUGAUCGGAGAGGAGGGGUACUGUCUGACGUCACUGCAGAGUGCACUGACCUAUGUGGAGUCGUUGGUGUUGGUUGGAGCCCCGCCCCCUGCUGCUAAACCCACCUGAUGUAGAUGAGCAUGUGACAUCAUUUCUGUGUUUAUAUGCCCUAGCCAGCGGAAAGGUCUCAUCGUGAUUUGACGGUGCUGAGGAGGUGCUGUGACUACAGAGAUCUCAGCCGCUUUUGUCCAAAGUCAUGCCACGCUUCUGUUCUUUUAAAAUCUUCCUUGCACGCUAUCCUCGUGCUCUGACGAAAGAGAAGGAGGACCUGCAUUGCGUUGUGGGCACCGCACGGAAAGUUCAGUGGAAUGUGGUUAGAUCUGAGAUCUGUGUUUUAGUAAAGGUAACAAAGAAUAUUUCUGUGAGACUGAAUGGAAUGUAAUGAGCCAGAUGUUAUGAAGGGACUGAGAAGGCAAUGUUAUUCUAAAUCUAAUGUAUUCCAGUGACAUGCUUUUUGCAUAUCUGUCCUGUUGAGUUUUAUAUUUGUGAAAAUAUUUUUUUUGUGAGAAUUUUACGAUAACUAAAGCACUACUAGCAUUUCAUAAACUAUUUAUAAUGUCACUAAAUUGAAGUUCAUGUUAUUUUAGCUCAGAAUUUUAGCUUUUGUUUGAACUUAACAUGGUAGGAUGAAAAAGCUGGGCUUACUAGAAUGAAAUGUAUUGAACUCGAGUCCUAAUAUUAGCAAUUUGUAUCGAACUCGAAGUUGUGCGUUACUCGAGUCAAUAAACCACUAUGCAUAGACGCAUCAUGUUAGUGUAUGGUUUUUGUUGAAUCAGAUUUUAUGUUUUGUUUGUUUUUUAUAUCUUAACUUGUAUGAAAACAUUUUCACUGUGCUAGUCAAAAAAGUCCGAAAUCAAUGUGAAAAAAAUGUGCAAGAACUCCUAAUGCUGCUGUAACAUGUUUUUGUCUCAUGAUUUGAGGAGGUUUGGUAUAAAAUUCACAAUCCCUGAUUUGAGGGGAUUUAGUGUAAGGUCUGUGAUACAUAAAUAUAUAUUUAUUUUUUCAUCUUUGUUUUUAUGCAUAUUACAGGGACUGUUGUUGUAUUUUUUGCUAAUUUUAUGUAAAUAUCACGAAUGCAAGUCGUCUCAGUGCUUGAGUGACCAUGCAUUCUUACUUAACCUUCCCAGGGUUCUUUGUCUCUGAUCAGUCCUCUGGACAUGGGCAAUUCACAUGGGAAUGGUUUGAGUGAAAGGCAUGUGAAUUUUCAAACAAUAAAGACUCUUUAACCUA